AUGGAGCUCUUCCAGGUCAUCCUCGUCGCCGUGCUUCUUUGCAUCUCAGUCGACGCGCGCCCUUAUCUCCGAGAUGUCUCGACUUUUUCUGUCCCUGCCAAGUACAAUGCUCGAUAUCGGUUCAAUCCCCACCGAGAGUGGUUGAAGAUUUCCCAGAAAUACGGCGUUCCUCUUCCCGAUCGACAUCAACUCACUGGCGGCAUCAUCCCGGUCGACAAGUCCUCCGGCCCAGGAAAGGGUACUGUGCCUGCCUGGAAUCAGACCAAUGAUAGAGAAUAUUUGAGCCCUGUCUUGGUCGGAACACCUCCGCAGUUGAUUCACCUGGACCUCGACACUGGCUCGGCGGAUCUAUGGUUUCUAUAUAGAUGGGUCUUCAGCUCUGAUACACCCUCUCGUCAGGUAGCGGGACAGAAGAUAUACCGACCAGAGUCCUCAACGUCGUCCUCCAGGGUCGCCAACACCACCUGGGCAAUCUCAUAUGGUGACGGGAGCUUUGCCGCGGGAACGGUUUACAACGAUAUCGUGCAGCUUGGCAACGUUGUCCUGCCCAAUGCGACAAUUGAGUCUGCCGGGACCGUAUCAAGCUCCCUGACAAGUGACCGGUCCAUGUCUGGUCUACUAGGCUUGGCCAUCAACCACCCCAGCACUGCAUGGCCUAAACAGCCUACCAUUCUCCAGCAGCUGGGUGACCAACUCGACAACAAUCUCUUCUCUGUGGAUCUCAAGUACCAGGCCGAGGGAACGUAUGAUUUCGGGUAUAUUGACCGCAGCAAAUAUACCGGCAACAUCACCUACCACAAGGUUGAUGCCACAUCGCACUUCUGGAAGUUCAACCUCGAGCGCAUCCACGUCAGCAGCAUGAACACGUGGUACAUCCACCACUGGCCUAUGGUCGCCGACACGGGCACGACUCUCAUGCUCCUGCCGGAGGAGCUCGUCGACAUGUACUGGUCCCAGGUCCCCGGUGCCCAUAUGGACGAAUUCUACGAUGGCUACCUCUUCCCUUGCAACCAGAGCAGUGCGCUUCCCGAUUUCGAGUUCGGCUUCAACGACGGUUGGGUAGGCAAGGUGCCCGGCCACUACAUGAACUUCGAGAACAUCACCAAGACCGAGUGCUACGGCGGCAUACAAUACGGCUUCCCGGACAUGGAGUUUGGUAUCCUCGGAGAUACCUGGCUCAAGUCCAUGUACGUCGUCUUCGACGCUGGCAAUGAGCGGAUCGGCUUUGCCAACAAGGCUUUGUGA